UCUGAAAAGAGGUAGAUUGAAACGCGACUUCCGACCAACUCUGUCUAUGUAACGACUUCAACGAUUUGUUUACUUAGCUUAGGAUAUUUACACAAAUGUAGAUUAAUGAAGAGUAAUCUAGCCUUCGAAUAAAAUGAAGACACGAAAUUUUGGAGAGAAAGUUCAGGUUAACGGAAAUAAACCAGAAAAAGAUGUUGUGAAAAAGGAUAAGAAAGGACUGAAACAGGAAAAUCGAAGUGGAAAACGUUCACCGAUACUGCCACCUAAAAACCGUUCAAAGAGAUCUGGUGUGGACGCCGUGAAGCUACACAUACAAGCUACCGGUGGCACAGGCAGGACUUCCAGAUCAGCAACUGCGGUUCGCAAAACAAGCAUACGAAUGACGGCGAUAAAAGAAUACCCUUUCGAUCUGAGUGAUUUAAAACAUCAGAACAGCGAUACACGUUCUACGAAAACGAGUGAGCACAUGCCAAGCAGUCAAGGAUUAACAGUAAGACCAAGCACACCCUCCACCGACGGUAAAAGAAAAGUUUCUAUCAUGGCUGAUGAAGGAAGCAAAGAUAGAGAAAAUCUGCCAUCGGAAAGGAAUGGCAGAAUAUCAAGUCAAGCAGAAGGGCCUUCGCGCCGAAAAAGCAAUCUUCACAAUGCCAUGGCGGCUGAGAUUGAUUCCUCGUGGGAGCGACCAGUUCACAUCGAGGGAAGAUAUAAAAAAUACUCAACUACAUCUUCAGUCUAUUCGAAGAAAGCUUUGUCGCAUCAAAGUGAUCACAUAGAAAGAUCCUGGUGGUACGCAUGCUGUCAAAAAUGUCACACAGAAGAAUCUGGAACUCCGUCAUGGGAACCUCCACAUUGGCAGAAGUUAUGUCCUUAUCCAUUAUGUCCCACUUACAGACAUUUUGCUCAAAAUCUUUCUAUACUGUUAAUUGGAAUAAUGGUGUGGGUGUUGACGUGGAUAGUAUUGGGCGAAACCGCGGCACCAGGCGGUCAACUAUUCAUGAUGGCUGUUCUUACCAUCGCCGCUCACUUCGGUGGUUGGCUUGUAGUGAAAGUAACUUCUCUGCCACCACUUGUAGGAAUGCUCAUUGUAGGAAUAAUAAUGAAAAAUAUCGGCUUCGUCAAUUUUAAUUCGGAUUUUCAACACGUAAAUUCUUACAUAAGAAAAAUAGCUUUAACAAUAAUUUUAACAAGAGCCGGUCUAGAUUUGGACCCGACUGCAAUGAAAAAAUUCUUCUUUACCGUUAUCAAGCUUGCUUUACUACCAUGGGCAAUUGAGUGCGGACUUUGUGCAGUAUUGUGCAACCUUUUACUUGGUUUGCCUUGGGACUGGGCUUUCCUCCUGGGAUCCAUAUUUGCUGCUGUGUCACCAGCCGUAAUCGUACCAUGUCUAUUUCGUCUUCGAGAAAAGGGUUACGGUGUAUCGAAAGGUAUACCAACACUAGUACUUGCAGUGUCGGGUAUAGACGAUGCCGCCAGUGUCGCUGUUUUUGGCAUAAUAUCAUCAAUUAUGUUCUCGACCUCGUCGCUAACAACAAAUAUUAUUCAGGGUCCCCUUAGCGUUAUUGGAGGUGUUGCGUUUGGUGUUUUCUGCGGAUAUGUAGUGAAAUACAUCCCGGAAAGAAAUGACGCUUUCUUAGUACCAAUAAGAGUGCUGUUACUACUUACUGGAAGUCUUAUGUCUGUGCUUGGUUCUGAAGAAAUCGGUUGGGGCGGUGGUGGACCCCUAGCUGUAAUUGCUUUUUCUUUCGUUGCGUGCAAAGAGUGGGUCGAGCAAGGUUGGGAACUCGAGGACAAUCCUGUAGCUACUGCCUUCGAAAUAUUCUGGAUGUUUUUCGAACCUAUGUUGUUCAGCAUCACAGGAGCUCAAGUUGUUAUUGCAGAGUUGCCUGGACACUUAGUAUUAAUGAGUUGUGGAAUAAUCAUCGUGUGUAUUGUGGUUCGCGCUCUACUAACCAGCGUCUCAGCUGUACGCAGUAACCUUAACAUGAAAGAAAAGAUUUUCGUUGGUUUUGCUUGGAUGGCCAAAGCAACUGUUCAGGCUGCAUUAGCACCAGUUGCGUUAGACGAGAUCCGCAGAAUGAAUACGGAUAGUGAAACAAUGGCUCAACUUACGAGCUACGCAGAAGUCGUAUUCACAAUUUGCAUUUUGUCCAUCGUCAUCACAGCACCACUUGGAGCCAUUAUUAUUACGAUCACCGGUCCUAGACUACUUUCUAAGACAUCUAAGCCACCUGUAUUAGAAGGAUGGCGUCGAUCACAUAGGCCGUCUAUUCGUGAUAUUUCUAUCAUCGAUGAAGAAGAGCUAGCUGAACGAGAUGCAGUAGUUGAAGCUGUAACUCCAAACUCUCUACCAGUUUCUCCUUUGCCGACCUCGACUCCAAACGCGUAUAGCACGCCGAAUCCUGUUACAGUACAACCUAAUCACCGCACCUGAGUCUAGUUUCAUCAACUAAUUAUUUACCCGUCCACAUAUAAAAAUAGACUCCUAGUUUUAGACCUUAUUGUUACACUGAGUAAUAAAACAUGCUCGUUAAUUCGUUUAAUAUUUUCAGUUAUCGGAUAUUAUCAUACUUCAGAUUUGAUGGGAGCCUUAGAAUACAUUUUUGUAGUAAGUAGAAGUGUCUCUUUAUCUUUUUGUAUAAUGUGACAGUUUUGAAAUUUAUAAAAAAUUAUAUAUCUUUACCAUAAUGUGCCUUUUCAAUAAAAUGUAAAUUCAUAUUUUUGUACUAAGCGCUAUGUACAUAUUAGAAUGAAAGUGCCACAAGUGAAAGAAAAGUGUGAUAUAAUUAUUAAAUAUACUUUAAAAAAUAGAUGCUGCAAAAUAAAGCCUCGCUAAGAAACUUUUCAUCGUAUGUAAACAUAGAUUUUAGUACCUAUAAAUUAUUUAAUUUAAACCCAUGUAAAUAUAUUUUUUUUAAUUACAUCGAAUAGUUACGGUUCAAAGUGCAACUUUACGGAAUUAAUUGUCAAAAUUAUUGUAACAGUUUGCGGACCAAGUUAUAAGCAUUGUCUAAAUAUAUGAAGGCGUCUCAAAAAUCAAAUGUAUUUUUAGAUUUUUGCUAAAUGCACUUUGGUCCCAUUAUGACCAAUUUUACUUACAGCUGAUAAAGUUUCACAUAGUUGUCCUACACAUAAAAUGAUCUAAGUUAUCGACAGGUUUUCCUUUUUCACUUUCAUACUUUUUACCUGUCAGGUAUUAAUUUACGAAGGUUGUGAAACCUAAUGUUGUGGUUAAGCUUGCACAUAAUCUACUAAUACACUAUCUGAAACCUUAUCAGGAACCGGUGAACUUAGCUCUUUUUAGCAUAAAUAUAGUCGUAAGUCUAAACAGUAUUGUGAUUAUCUUCUUAAUAUUUAUAACUUAAGUAUUUACUUUUAGUUGAAGAAAACGUAAUGUACAAACAAACAUGUAUUUUAUAUUAAAAUUUGCUACUCAAUUAAUAUUACAUAUUUAAAACUUUUAAUGUAAGUACUUAUGUUCUUAUUGUGACCAGCAUUUUAUGUAGUAAUUUUAUUAAAUGAUAUCAUUAGAACAACGUCUUUGAGUAUAGAUAUUCAACAAAUUUACCCAAACUAGUUGCAAAAAGAAAAGUAAUUAAAAUUAAUAAAAAGUUUCCGUUUAAUAAGCACAUUUAAAUUUUUACCAAUAUACUUUUAAAAUAUAGCUAUCUAUUAAAAAUAUUAUUCUAAGUAUGAAAUAUAGUACUUAUACAGUGUGAUAUAUUAGCAUAACACAUGAUUUUAAUAAUUUAAUUGUACCGUACAUAGUUCAUAAUUAGGUUUAACUUAAGAAAUAAUGCAGAAAUGAGUCAUAUUCUUAAUUGUCGGAUGAUACUAUGCCCAUGAUGUAUUCAAAUACAAAUAGAAUAAUUAAAAAUU